ACGGGCAAAAUAACUAUUACUUGGUCGAAAUGGCUUAUGUUUCUUUGAAACAAACGACAUCUUUAAACAUCCAUUCAUAUUAUUAAAUAAUGAACAAAAUACAAUAAAUAAAGAAUAAAGCACUAAGAUUUCAACGAAUAAACUAAAAAAUUAAUAUAUAAUCAAGAGAAUAUACUGUGAAGGGCUAAUCUUGACAUACAGUAUGUAAUCCUCGAUUAACCACGGUACUAUGGAUAAAUAUGAACGUCUUGAUGAAGCUGAUAAUACAUCAGUAUAUGCAUGACGUAUAUAAUUUGUAUAGUAUACUGUGCUACUAACCGAGCAAAAUCUGUUAUAAGUAAUUACAAAAAGGGUGUAGAUUAUUUCGAGCUAAAAUUUCCGCAAGAUAUCAAAUUCAAGAUGGCGGCUAUAUGGUAAGUGGAAUAAUGACGUACGUCGCUUCGCCGACGGAAAUGUAAACAUUGCAGAGGUUCGGGUAUGUAGAACAUUUUAAAAUACUUCUAUGUACAAAUGGAAUGAUAUGCCGAGCUCAGAGGAACUGAGAUCUCGGCAAAGUGGGAAUCGGGAAUCUCCCGGUUCCAGUGCAAAUCGAACUUAUGGCUCUGGAUAUUCAAGAAAGUCAAGGCAUUCUACUCAAGGUGUUAGAAAACAUAAAAAAUCUGCUCACAAAGCUCAUAAGAAGAAACACUUACGACAGGAAAAAGAGAUUCUAAUGCCUAUAAAACCGCUUGUGGAAUAUGACGAUGUGAGUUCAGAUUCUUCUUUUUUUUCGGAGCAAGCAAGUCCCGUCGAGAAAAAACCAUCGCCUGAUUUGCAUGAGACGAGACACGAAAGACAACAUUCUAGUGUUAAAUUAGAUGUAUCAAAGUCUCGGAAAAAGCGAUCAAAAGAACGGCAUGCAAAUGAAAAAAAGGAAAGAAAUAAAGAGGAUUCCAAGCGCUCCGAUCUUAGGAGUACUAGCCAUUCCAGAAAAAAGGAUAAAUCUAAUAAGGAAACUUUUAAGAAAGAGCGUUCUUCUAAUAUUAGGGAUUCCGGACAUUUAAGUCACGUCAGACUUUCUGAACAUCAGGAAUAUGAACGACCGAGAGAUAAAAGUAAGCCGAAAAAGAGGGAUCGAACCCCCGAGACUCCCCGUGCUUACCGAACUCGAACUCCGUCGCCUGUGCGUAGUACUCAAGCCUGGGUGAAUAAAGCAAGGCGACGGUCCCCAGACUCUAGGAGUAAAUUUAAAAAAUUUGUAUCUAAAAGUCCCAGUCCUUAUUCAAGGAACUACAGUGCCUGGUCAAUUAGUAGGAGUAGAAGUAAAAGUCCUAUAGGACGCAAUCGAAGAUUAAGGACUCCAAGCCGAAGCUUUAGUCGAAGCCCUGGUAGGUGGAAGAAUCGCAAUCAGCGAUCUAUGUCUAGGACUAGUACUAAAUCUCGAUCCCGAUCUAGUUCCCCACACAGAAAGCAUUCAAAAAGGAGAAAGAGAAGCCCUAGUUUAUCAAAAUUUGCUUCCAGCCUUGCUUCAGAACUUUGUAAACAUAGACGAGCUAAAAAACUUAAACACCGUGAAUCACUAUUGGUUAGGAGAGAUCCGGAAGUAAAGGAAAUUGAAUCAAAUCCAGAAAAUGGAACUCUUUGUCCUCCAAGCACAGUGGCAGAGUUAUCUGACAAUUCUGUUUCAUCAUCUGCUUUCAAUUCACAAGAAGCACCUCCUCCUCCUCCUGAAACUCAAAUAUUUCCAGAAGUACCAGAUCCAACUAUCGAAGAAUCCAGUGUCUUGUCCAAUAGUCAAACUUCUGAUCUUGUAACUCCUACAGUUAGCCAAGAAAUAAAAUCAGAAGAAACUACGGAAGAAGCUCCCCAAGUACCCAAAUCGCCGGAACCUCCUGUUGAAGCUGAAAAACCGCCUCCACCACCACACCCGAAGCCUCAACCUCCAUUGCCGACAUUACCCCCUCUUCCUCUCCCACCUGUAGGACCAGAUGAUGAAAACUUGGUUGAUGACGAUGAUGAUCUCUCAUCUCCACCUUCUCCUCCUCCAAAGAAACCAACCACUCCACCUAAAAAAGGCAUCAAAGAUCUUCCUUUACCUCCCGGAAUCAACAAAGAGGACAUUAUGUCCCCAGAGCUUGAUGGAGAUAGAUCUCCUACAGAUUUGGGACAUCCGGAACCGGCAGCUACAUUUCAAACAGCUAACAGACAAAUGUACUUUAGAGGCUCAAUUGAAAACCAUGAAUUCAUUCCUAGACACAAGCGGCACUUAAAAAUUUUAAAUAAAGAAAAUGAUGACUGUGAUAGAACACCAAGUUGGGGUGAGAGAUGUGUUGAUGUUUUUGAUAUUGUUUGCCAAAUUGGUGAAGGAACUUAUGGUCAAGUGUACAAAGCCAAAGACAAAGAUACUGGUCAACUUGUUGCUCUAAAAAAAGUUCGUCUUGAAAAUGAAAAGGAAGGAUUUCCAAUUACAGCAGUUCGAGAGAUCAAAAUCUUAAGGCAGUUAAAUCAUCAGAGCAUAGUCAAUUUAAUGGAAAUUGUUACUGAUAAACAAGAUGCAUUAGAUUUUUGCAAAGACAAAGGAGCCUUUUAUCUUGUCUUCGAGUAUAUGGACCAUGAUCUCAUGGGUUUACUGGAAUCUGGCUUGGUAGAGUUUACUGAAAUUCACAUUGCCUCCUUCAUGAAACAACUUCUAGAUGGUUUACGUUACUGUCAUCUUAAGAACUUUUUACAUCGUGAUAUUAAAUGUUCCAACAUCCUUAUGAAUAAUAAGGGCCAAAUCAAGCUUGCAGAUUUUGGUUUGGCUAGAUUGUAUAAUGCUGAUGACAAAACAAGACCUUACACAAAUAAAGUUAUUACACUGUGGUAUCGACCACCUGAAUUACUACUAGGAGAAGAAAGAUAUGGUCCACCUAUUGAUGUUUGGAGCUGUGGGUGUAUUUUAGGGGAACUUUUUACCAAAAAGCCAAUAUUUCAAGCAAACCAAGAGAUGGCUCAACUUGAAGCAAUCAGUCGUAUCUGUGGUACUCCUUGUCCUGCAGUUUGGCCCAAAGUUAUUCAGUUGCCCCAUUGGCACACGUUCAAACCAAAAAAGCAAUAUCGCCGAAAAGUGAGAGAAGAGUUUAUGUUUAUGCCUACUCCAGCUUUAGAUCUUUUGGAUCAAAUGCUUGAGCUUGAUCCAGAUCGUAGAAUUACUGCUGAAAACUCUUUGAAAUGCCAGUGGUUAAAAGACAUCCAUCCAGAAGAAAUGGCACCUCCUAAUCUUCCUUUAAAUCAGGAUUGCCAUGAAAUGUGGUCUAAAAGACGGCGGCGGCAAAUGCUGAAGCAAGAACCAAUUGGCAAUAUGAGCAAUCCUGCAUUUGCUCAGGCAUCAGAAUCAAACCCUCUUCUUAAUUCAGGACUUAUAACCAGUGGAAAGAUUCAAAACUUUUCUGAAAAUCAGACCAAUUGGCCAUCUGAAAUUCAAUCUUCAUGGAACAAAAAAGAUAAAACUGAAGAAAAGUCUGAUACUGAGAAAAAAGGUGAUAUUAAGAGUGAAAAUGAAAACUCAACAAGUCCUGGUGUGCAUUUCCAAAGUAAUUUGAACACCAUUACACAAGCAUAUCAAAAAAAUAAAGACAUAAAUGUGUCACAGUUAGCUGCUUUGUUAAAUAUUCAAAUUGAUGCUAACAAUGAAGCUCUACUGCAAAAUUUGUGUUCUCAACUUUACGCUUCCACAACAACCUUACAGAAAUUACAAGAAACAGGCUCUAUGAAGGAAAGAAUGGCCAUCAAAGGCUUGCCUAACUCUAUGUCUGACAGCUUCAUGUCUGACGGAAGCAAAAAGACUUUUGCUGAUAAAUGCAAUUCCUAUUCAAAGAACUUUGACAAUUCCACAAAUUCUGGAAAAGUUUGUGAAACGUCUGGAGUCAAAGAAGCUCUGUCUAAAGUCUUGCAACAAGCUAUUGCUGCUUCAUCAUCAGAUGAAACACAGAAGAGCAAAUGAUAGCUACUUGAACUGAAAUGCCAUCAAGUCUUUCCAAGGAUCUUCCAGCAUUGACGGAUGUACAUAUUGUCGAAUGUCAGCUGAAUGUCCGGGGUUGGAAUCGCUGGAGUUUGGACUCUGGUAGCUCCGUUUACCCUUCAAAAGAGAGAGAAGAAAAAAAAAAUCUUGAGAAUUCAGCUAGAUUUCUUUGAAUUUAAAAGUGGUAUUUGUUCCAUGCACCAUGAUUUCCUCAUAUUUACUGAAAAUGAAACUAGCUCAUCCAAUAAAAACAUAAGAAAUAAGCAUUUGAAUGAUUUGUAAUUGCUUUAAUACGAAGUUCACAUUUGUCAGACACUGUGCGCUCUCCACUAAAAAAAAAAAAGUUUCUCUCUCCCUCAUGCCCUUUCUAGAAUAUUAGCACCAGUCAAGAUUUACCAUAUUGAUACCUACAACAAACUGGAAUGAUUUCUGAGCAGAUGGCGUUUGCUGGAACGCGAAUAACACACGCUAACAAAAAAAAAAAAAAAAAAAAGCAAUAACAAUGUCAAACCCUGUAUUUAUUUUCAUUUCCGGCAGAGCACAAAAACACCUGAGUACAUAAAAUUAAACGUUACAAAACGUAUUUUUUUAAAAAUUUCAUGCAGUUCGGAUUAAACAUCAAUUUGCAUCAAACUUUGUUGUGAAUGAAUCUUUUAAGAGUUAAAAAAAAACACUAGCGAUCAGCUACUAUUAGUCAUAACCGGGAGAUGGUGAAAGUGGCAUUUAGCGGGAAAGUCCUACCUUUUUGUGACUGACGCCCGACCUUGAAAAUUACCUGAACACGGGGAGAAUUUCUAGGGGGAAAGCCCCCAAAAUCUAAAAACAUGAACUGAAAUUGAAUGCACCGCACUCCAUCCCUCCAGUUACGAGACCAAAAGUGACCCAUAAUCGCAGUUUUAGAAUUUCGAUUUUCCAUGUUGAGGUUCCAAACUCCAUCCCUUCCUCUUAUAUCGUCAAAUAUAGCCUGCAAUUGCGAUUUUAGGAUUUAAAUGUCGAAAAAUUUCCAGGAGAAAGCUUCCAAACCUCGCCCCCUAUUUACCACCAUUAAAGGCGGUCUGAAAUUGCGUUAUCAGAACUUUAAAUAUUACUUUGCGCUCAAGUCAGGACAUAAAACUUAUAGCAUUCAGCAAUUUGGGCGUUAUUUUCAGAAUUUAGUGAGUAUUUUCUUGC